CUCCCUCCCCUCUGCAUUCUGGUUGCCGCGCGGCUGCGAAGCUUCUGACGGGGUUCCCGGGGACGCGCACGCCACGCCCUCCCAGCGAGAGGGGCGGGACUAGGCCUCUUCCGCGGACGGGGGAGGUGACUGUUGAAGCGGAAACCCGCCGGCCAUGGAGGCAGGCCUCGGCGGCCGAGCCGACAAGGUCCCCUCUGACUGCGCCGCACCAUGCGCCUCAGCCUCUUCCGGCGCCUUUUCCUGGCCGCCCUGCUGCUCGUGAUUGUCUGGACGCUCUUUGGGCCCUCGGGCAUAGGGGAGGAGCUGCUGAGCCUCUCGCUAGCCUCCCUGCUCCCAGGCCCGGCCUCGCCCGGGCCGCCCCUGACCCUGCCCCGCCUCCUGAUCCCCAACGAGGAGGCGUGCGGCGGUCCCGGCCCCCCGCCCUUCCUGCUAAUCCUGGUGUGCACGGCCCCGGAUAACCUGAACCAGAGAAACGCCAUUCGGGCCUCGUGGGGCCGGCUGCGCGAGGCCCGAGGGCUCAGGGUGCAGACUGUCUUUCUGCUGGGAGAGCCCAGCUGGGGCUCGCGCGGGAACGACCUGGCGCGGGAGUCAGCGGCCCAGGGGGACAUAAUGCAGGCAGCUUUCCAGGAUUCCUACCGCAACCUCACUCUCAAGACCCUCAGCGGGCUGAACUGGGCCGACAAACACUGCCCCGUGGCCCGCUACAUCCUCAAGACCGACGAUGAUGUGUUCGUCAAUGUCCCCGAACUGGUAUCAGAGCUGGUCCGGCGAGGAGGCCGCUGGGAGCAAUGGGAAAGGGGCAUGGGGCCCCCGAGAAAGGCGAAAGUUGGAGAUGAAAAGUGGGAAGGAGGCCCCACCUUGGCAAGCCAGCCUGUGCCUCUCUUGUACCUGGGCCGUGUGCAUUGGCGGGUGCACCCCUCUCGGACACCAGGGGGCAAGCACCAGAUAUCAGAGAAACAGUGGCCUCCCACCUGGGGCCCCUUUCCCCCCUACGCCUCAGGCACGGGGUAUGUGCUAUCGGCUUCUGCUGUGCAGCUCAUACUGAAGGUAGCCAGCCGGGCACCCCUUCUGCCACUGGAGGAUGUCUUUGUGGGGUUAAGUGCCCGACGAGGAGGCCUCGCCCCAACCCACUGUGUCAAGCUGGCUGGUGCCACCCACUACCCCCUGGAUCGGUGCUGCUAUGGGAAAUUCCUGCUGACAUCCCACAAGCUGGACCCCUGGGAGAUGCAGGAAGCCUGGAAGCUGGUGGGUGGCUCUGACGGGGAAAGAACUGUACCCUUCUGCUCCCGGCUCCAGGGAGUCCUCGGCAUCCUCCGAUGCCGGGUAAUAGCCUGGCUUCACAGCUGAGAGGGCAAGAGCGCCCAGGAGAGGGGUGAGGAGCUGAGAGUCCGCCCGCACCCUCACCACCUUCUCUCUCCCGGGCCCAAGGCAGGGGCUGUAGCUGGCUGCAACUGAUCGGUUGCCCUACACCAGAUGCUCAGUCUGUCACCGAAGACUGAGGGAUACAGGACACACCUAGGGGGCUGCCUGGCCUGCCAGCCCCAAACAUGGUCAUCAGGAAGAGCCGCACAUGCUGGGUUGUUCUCUCCAGCCACGGCAGGGGAGGGGCACAAGCCCCUCAAUAAACUUGUCUCUUUUCCUCUUCGA